AGGCUGACCAGACAGGGCUGAUGCUAGCAGGAUGGACAUGAUGCUAACCCUCUCCCUCCCUCCCUCAGGCUGGCCAGACAGGGCUGAUGCUAGCAGGAUGGACAUGAUGCUAACCCUCUCCCUCCCUCCCUCAGGCUGACCAGACAGGGCUGAUGCUAGCAGGAUGGACAUGAUGCUAACCCUCUCCCUCCCUCCCUCAGGCUGACCAUACAGGGCUGAUGCUAGCAGGAUGGACAUGAUGCUAACCCUCUCCCCCCUCCCUCAGGCUGGCCAGACAGGGCUGAUGCUAGCAGGAUGGACAUGAUGCUAACCCUCUCCCUCCCUCCCUCAGGCUGACCAUACAGGGCUGAUGCUAGCAGGAUGGACAUGAUGCUAACCCUCUCCCUCCCUCCCUCAGGCUGACCAGACAGGGCUGAUGCUAGCAGGAUGGACAUGAUGCUAACCCUCUCCCUCCCUCCCUCAGGCUGACCAUACAGGGCUGAUGCUAGCAGGAUGGACAUGAUGCUAACCCUCUCCCUCCCUCCCUCAGGCUGGCCAGACAGGGCUGAUGCUAGCAGGAUGGACAUGAUGCUAACCCUCUCCCUCCCUCCCUCCCUCAGGCUGGCCAGACAGGGCUGAUGCUAGCAGUCAGUCAUGGCAGGAUGGAUAUGGUUCGGGCGCUGCUGGCCCAGGGGGCAGAGGUCAAUGUCCAGGAUGAUGAGGGUUCUACAGCCCUGAUGUGUGCCAGCGAACAUGGCCACGCUGAGAUAGUCAAACUACUGCUGGCCCAGCCGGGCUGCGACGCCACUCUCAGCGACAGCGAUGAGAGCAAUGCCCUGUCUAUCGCUCUGGAAGCAGGUCACAAGGACAUAGCAGUGUUGUUGUACGCCCACGUAAACUUCUCUAAGGCCCAGUCACCGGGAACCCCUCGUCUGAGCAGGAAGACGUCCCCCAGUCCCACCAGGAGGGGCAUGUUUGACUAGCGCCACCGCCCAUUGGUCAAGUCUCAUGACACCAACCAACCAACCGCUGAGGAUUUCAACCCCAGGGACAGACUUUGGCCCACCCCCUGACAACCUGAUUGGACCAUGUGGGAUUGUUGACCAUGCAGUUCAACCAGAAAUGUUCCCUGGGUUUAUUGACCAUGUGGUCCAACCAGAAAGGUUCCCUGGGUUUAUUGACCAUGCAGUUCAACCAGAAAGGUUCCCUGGGUUUAUUGACCAUGUGGUCCAACCAGAAAGGUUCCCUGGGUUUAUUGACCAUGUGGUCCAACCAGAAAGGUUCCCUGGGUUUAUAGACCAUGUGGUCCAACCAGAAAGGUUCCCUGGGUUUAUUGACCAUGCAGUUCAACCAGAAAGGUUCCCUGGGUUUAUAGACCAUGCAGUUCAACCAGAAAGGUUCCCUGGGUUUAUUGACCAUGUGGUCCAACCAGAAAGGUUCCCUGGGUUUAUAGACCAUGUGGUCCAACCAGAAAGGUUCCCUGGGUUUAUUGACCAUGCAGUUCAACCAGAAAGGUUCCCUGGGUUUAUUGACCAUGCAGUUCAACCAGAAAGGUUCCCUGGGUUUAUAGACCAUGUGGUCCAACCAGAAAGGUUCCCUGGGUUUAUAGACCAUGUGGUCCAACCAGAAAGGUUCCCUGGGUUUAUAGACCAUGUGGUCCAACCAGAAAGGUUCCCUGGGUUUAUUGACCAUGCAGUUCAACCAGAAAGGUUCCCUGGGUUUAUUGACCAUGGGGUUCAACCAGAAAGGUUCCCUGGGUUUAUUGACCAUGUGGUCCAACCAGAAAGGUCCCCUAGGUUUAUUGACCAUGCAGUUCAACCAGAAAGGUUCCCUGGGUUUAAAGACCAUGAUGAAAGAUGAAACAUAUUGAUCAGCCUUGUAGUAAGAUGAGCUGGUAUUGAUCAGUCUUGUAAUAAAAUGAAACGCCUUUG